AUGUCUACGCAAAAUUUCUAUGUCCUCGGUGACCCCCUCUCGUCAUCCAGAACCAUCCAGGUCGACCCAACUGGGGGUAUCGAUGGGCUCAAACACUUGAUUGCCGCUCACUUCGCCAUAGUGGAGCCUAGUGGAAUUGGUUUCCAUGCGGAUGAAAUCGCGCUCAAUGAUGUUUCGGAGGUCGUUUCAGCCAGUGGCCCCGUGGCUAUCUCUAUCGAUGGACAUGCCGUACGAGAGCCUGUGGGCCCAAAAGGAUUGCCGUAUGUCGGGAACUACUUUGAGGUGUAUCCAGAUCAUCUAGGGAACCACCAGCGGUUAUUUGAACAAUAUGGACCGGUGAUCAAAACUACCAACCUCGGGCGUGAGACCUACCAGACUAAUGAUCCACGAAUCGCUGCGAUUGUCUUUACCGAGUCGGAUUUCUUUACCAAGAAGAUCAACGAGGCCCAUCCUCUCUACGCUCUAAAGACUCCGGCUGCGGGUGUCUUUCUAGGAGACACAGAUACACCGGAGUGGAAGAUAGCUCAUAAAUUUCUUCCACCAGCCCUGGGUCCUAAGGCCGUCCGUCACUAUGCUCCUACUAUGCAGAAAAGUGUAGAAGAGGCUUUUAAAGUCUUUGAUACUCUUGAUGAGCAGCGUGAAGCAUGGAAUGUAUAUCAAUAUAUGCUUAAGCUUGGCUCGCAAGCAGUGGGAAAGCUCACACUUGGCUUAGACUUUCAGCAUUUUACAUCCCCAGAUGCACCUCUGCAUGAGAUGGUCCACCUAAUUGCUGAAGUCCUUGCCCUUAAUAAGAAGGUUACUUCAAAGGGAGACUGGUAUGGCCGACUGCCUUUCGGCGACCCUCAGCGGCUGAAGCAGGCAAAAGCCAGGGUUGAACAUUUAGUGGAGGAGUCGAUUGCGCAGGCUGCCAGGGGCGGUGUUGUUGACAUUCCCCUACAAGAUGCGGCCUUACAAGCCUCGAACAUGGUCGACUAUGCCAUCCGUGCCGUCGACAAUAAGGGUGAAAAGCUGCCCAAGUCCAGUUUGGUAUGGGCUCUGGUAGUCGCAACUGGCGCUGGGUUCACAACCACGAGCUCAUUGCUCUCCUGGCUUAUCUAUGGACUGGUAACUUACCCAGGCAUGCAGGAUCGCCUCCUACAGGAAUUGAUUGAUAAUGGUGUGGAUGAGAAUACUCAAGUUACAGCUGAUCUCACAGAUCGCUUAGUAUUUCUUGAUAAAUAUAUUAAAGAGGCACAGCGUCGACACAAUCCAUCCUUCCAGCCCGGACGUACAGCCAAGGUGGAUCUUAUCUUACCUGGAGGCUAUAGACUACCGAAGGAUGCUGUUGUGAUACCUGCAUUGCAUCAUAUCCAUAACAAUCCUGAUAUAUGGGAGAAUCCUAAUCGAUUUGAUCCCGAUCGCUGGGAUACUGAGCAGGUGAAAAAGAGGGACAAAGCCGCCUACAUACCAUUUGCUAUGGGCCAACGAAUGUGUAUUGGGUUUAACUUCGCGCUCCAGGAAAUCAAGGUCUUUUUACCGAAGCUCAUCUACCGUUAUAAAUUCACCCGUGAGGGCGAUGAUCCUAUUGAGUAUGACCCAAUGUUCCAGCUCAUCCGACCGAAUAAUUUAUACGUCCGCGCUGAGAGGCGAGUGAAAUGGCCACCUCGAUCGACUUCUGCAUAG